UAUCUGCUGCAGGAGGCGGAGAAAGCCUCUAGGUCCCGGGGAGAAGGCUUGGACCAUGGAUGCAGGGGGAGCACCGAGGUUCAGAGGAGGAGUGUAGGAUCGGGGAAGACAAGGCGUCAGAGGGCACGAUGCAGAACUAGGGGGGCAAGAUUACGGAGAAGCGAGGGAGAGCUUCGCUGUUGGCUGCAGGAGGAAGGGUGUGGGGGCAAGAUCAGUGGUAGUCCUCGAUGUUUAAGAGGGAAGAGUUCGGCCAGCCAAGAACCAGAGGGGAAAAAAAUCUUAGCUAAGGACACGGGGAUGAAGCAAAAAGGACUGGACGCUGUUGCGAGCCAGACAGUUCAGGAAGCAUGUGGCUAGGAUUCAGGGGACCGAGGUGUUAGGUUUACUAGAUCUCCCCCUCCCCUUAACUUAGUGAAAGCAAAACAGACUUCCUGUUUUUUUUCCUCCCGUCCUCCCCUGAAAGAAGGGGGGCUUUACUUGGGGUCACCACCCUUUCCAAAAAAGGCACUUGCAGGGGAAAGAAGUCUUCCCCCUUCUAAAGCAGCUGCCCAGGAGAAGGGGUAGGGUGCUCCGGAGGCCUCCUCUAUCUAAGGGCUAUGGAUCGGGUAGAGGUGAUCAACAUCCAGCGCCUUCUGGAGGCAGCUGAAUAUCUGGAGCGCAGAGAGAGAGAGUGUGAACAUGGUUACGCCUCGACCUUCCCUUCCAUGCCGAGCCUUGGACUGCAGGACCCAAAACCACCGCAGAGGCUGAGCCGGGCAAGGAAGCAUAGCAGUGGAGGUAGCAGUACAGGCACUGCUAACAGGUCUACGCACAACGAACUAGAGAAGAACAGACGAGCUCACCUCCGACUAUGUCUAGAACGUUUAAAAGUUCUGAUACCACUAGGACCUGACUGCACCAGACACACAACCCUCGGGCUUCUCAAUAAAGCCAAAACGCAUAUCAAGAAACUUGAAGAGGCUGACAGGAGAAGCCAGCAUCAGCUUGAAAACUUGGAAAGAGAGCAAAGGUUCUUAAAGCGAAGACUGGAGCAGCUGCAAGGCUCGCAGGAGAUAGAACGAAUACGAAUGGACAGCACUGGAUCCACCAUAUCCUCAGAUCGCUCUGAUUCAGAGCGGGAAGAAAUAGAAGUGGAUGUGGAAAGCACAGAGUUCUCCCAUGGAGACGUGGAUGAUAUCAGCACAACCAGUACGAGUGACAUUGAUGACCACAGCAGUUUGCAGAGUGUCGGGAGUGAUGAGGGUUACUCCAGCGCUAGCGUCAAGCUCUCCUUCACUUCCUAGAGCAUGGUGCUAGGGCAGAGCAGAUGAUAUCUUUGGGGCAAUUGAAGUUCACGCGGCAGGGCUUAGAUACAGUGUUUUUCUUCUCCAAACCACACAUCAACAGCUAAGCUUCAAAAGAUGCAACUCUAGAACAGUUCCAUGGCCCAACAAGAGGGUGGGAAUCCAACAGGGGAAUGAACCACUCUCCAUACUGUCCUAGUCCCAAAUUCCUGACUUAGCGCUGAACCCAUAGCUAUUUUGAAGUCUGAGACAUCACUCCAGUAGGCUUCAGUUGGACUGUGUUCAGCUGUACUAUAAAUGUAUAGUGAAAGGUUUUGCUCAGAGAUUAUUUGAUUGGACAGGGGAUCUUAGUGAUUCACGCUCUGAUUCUUUCAUAAUUUGUCACGUCUCCUGAAAAGUGACCAUUUCUCAUCCCCUCUUGUGGUGCUAAAAAAAACAAAAGUCUGUCCAAUAUAUAUGGUAAUAAUUUAGCAUACUUGGAAUAUCCAUGUAUAUGUCCCAAGCUAUGGGGCAAAGUAGCUAUGGUGGUAGUUUAUUGGAUCUGCCUCUCCUGAUGAGUUUGCACAAUAUUUUAAACUACAAAGCACCUUUUUCAGGCUUCUGAAAAUCCCAAUACUCAGCUCAAGCAGAUUUUUGUUCUUAACCUGAACAAGAAAACUACGAAGUUGGACAGUUUGUGUACUCUCACCAGCAGAAGCUUAUCCAGUCACUGCUUUCUACCCACGGGGUUUUUCUAGCCAGCUUUGAUCAUUCUUACCUAAGAGUAAUAACAGUGAGGAGCUCCGCUCAUGCCCUGUGAAAGAGAGGUGCUGCAAAUCUGGAAGCAAUUCCCAUUCAACUCAACUUUCCACUGGACCUCAUUUCGAGGCAAGAGCUUGUGCCACAUAGUUUAGCACUAGGGUAUGAAGCUGUAAUUUACCAGCACGCAGUGCAACUGCUCUCUGGAUUCAGUGGCUGCAGAAGUAACUCCCAACAUAAAAUGAUGCUCCCAACACAGACAGUGAAAGAAAGACGAGCCUGUAAAAGGCCUGACGUGCAGGAAUGGCACAGCCUCCGUUCUGAGCCACAAUGACCUUUUUUUUGCAGAUUAUUUUGAUAAAUGUUUGUAAAAGUGUUCAGAUGACAGAACCUACAUGCAACAAUGUCUUUUUAGAACUCAUAGGCAUGAUUCUGCAAACGUUUUUUAUAAUUGACACAAUGAAAAGGGACCCCUGUUACUCUGCUGCAAGGCACAAAAGGAACAGGAACUCUCCGGGGUUUUAUGGCUCUUCAUUUGUGUGUGUGUGGAUUUUUCUUGUUUUUUUGUUUUGGCGUCCCUUUGCAAACUUUGCCAUCUGGAUUGCUAUCCUAGUCACAAAUCUGUAGUUAACAAAGCAUGUCUCUCAUUGCAACAGUGCGCCAGCAUGGAUUUCUAAGGAAGGCCUACAGUUCCUACCUGUGCAGAAACUGUUGCUAUUAACAAAACAAUAUUGUAUCCAAUGUUUUAUUAUUUUUCUUUUACAAAUGAGCUUUCUAACCUGCACUUUGAGGUCUUCUUAGCUUUUCUUUAAGCUUUUUAUCCACAAGGAUGGUUGUUCGUUUACCAAGUUUUAAACUUCGCUCCUUUUUAAAAAAAGAGACCUCAUAAAUGACACGUUUGACUUUUUUCACCUUUAAGUAAUUUGCCUAUCCCUAAUAAUUACUAAAGAAAAAGAGAGAAAUAAGGAAAAAUGCUUUAUAAAACUCAUAACUUAUUACCGAUUAUAAUUAAUGGGUUGUUAAUUUCAAUCCUGUAGAUUUAAUUUUAUUAUUUUUAGAUAGGGCUGGGCAACAAUUUUUUUUUUUAAAAAAAGGUAACCUCAUUUAGCAGUGCAGUGGAAUUGUGUUUAAAUGUUAGCAAUGGUUCUGCUUAAUAGUAGCACUUUAACACCAUUAAACAUUUCUGUAUCUGAAAUGCGCUGUGUUCUGCCCUCUUGGUCACUCAUGAGACUUUAGAAUACCCAUGUUUGUUGUGCCUGGAUUUUUUUUAAAAAACCUAUAGGUCAUGUGAUUAGGUGACCCCCAAAUGACUUAUGUAGAUUUUGUCUUAAUACUGAUAUGCUGUGUGUGCAUUUAAACCCAUGUUAUUCAUUCACUCCAGAGCUAUUAUUGUGUCAUAUAAUAUACAAGGCACAAAUUUUAGAACCUGUGUCAUGAAAUAGAAACCUAAUGCCACAGGGUUAUAGUGUGUUUAUAGCAGGGUGUUGUUCCCCCUCCCUCCCCAUUUAUUAAAGCGUGGAUCCAGUUGUUUAUCCAUUGAUCUUCCCUGUGUGACUAAUAUAUCUGGUUUACUGCAUGUGGUACUCUCUCCCUCUAGUGGCUGGAAUAAGAACCCAUUAGUUGUAGUUAAAAGGGAGAAAACUUUCAACUGAACCAAGAGUACUUUUAUAGAUUUGGCCCAUUAAUCUGCAUGUUUGAAGCUAUAGGGUUUUAGCACAGUUCUAUGAGAUUGGCAGAAUAACUGAUGAGAACUCAAAUGAGUUACUUUGUGGCACUGAGUUAUUACCAGCCCAUAGCUAGUGAUUUCACCUAAUGAAAAUCAGCUGUGGUAGCUCUUUUAACCUAUUUGUGUUGAAUGGGUGAGAAUCAUAGUAGCUUGGCUGUAACCAGGCAAAGGUUUUGUGGUGUCUGGCACUUCCUGGGGUUUUUUUUGGGGGGGGGGAGAAGAACCUCAGGUACAGGAACCAGGGAAAACACCCCCCCCCAAAAAAACGGCUGUGUCCCAAUGGCAGGCGGCCUGGACAGAAUACUGGUCCCUUAUGGUGUAUCAACCCCUUAUGGUGCAUGCAGAUCAUGUCUAGUUGAUAUUUCUGGGAUAGAAAAAUGAGGCUUGGCUGCCUAGACCACAUUUUACACACACACUGGUUGAUGCUUAUAUAAAAUCACCAUAACCCUUGGUAUGAUGGCUCAGUGAGAUACACAUUCAUGUCUUAAGAUACAGCAGUCAGGGUGAAUUUGUCAGCAUCUUUUUCAGUCUGUCUUAGAAAGAAGAAAAUGGCCACUCUCCUCUAUGCAACUUGCUUUGAAUAGUGUAUCUUGCUUCACCUAUUAUUGCCUCUAGUGAGACAAGCAAACCACAGUUCAUUGCCAGAAGUAUACCAGCCUUCGGUUUAACAUCAGAAUAGAUAUGGUUGUUGAUGAAACCAUGUACUUACUUUGCUAAAUUCUGCUCUGUGUCUUGGAACAUCCUCACAGCACUUCAGAGAUCCUUUUUACAUAUAAAUGGAUGCACACUCUUCCUCUACACAAACCUUGUCUUUCUGGUAGGUAUAGUUUAGGCUGACUGCUAAAUGCUGCUCAUAGUGCUAAAAAAGUGUAAAUUUUUUAUUAUGAUUGACCAAAAUAUCACAAAAUAGCUUUUGAGUUCCCUGGAACUGUUCAUUAGGUUGGUGAUGGAUGCAAGACAAAAUUCACUAUGCAUUGCAGACUUUGGAUUUGCCAACAUGCCCUGGAAAUGGCUCUUGCUUCUUGUUUGUACUUAACAUGCAGCCUGAUGAAAAGUGCUUGGGAUCUCAAAAGCUUGCACUGUUCUGUGGUAUUUUGGUUGAUCCUAAUAACAAGGUAUUAUACUAUUUGUUGUCUUUGGAAUUUUUUCUCAUAGGCCAAUAUAUAUACUAUUUUUGUUAAACUGGUAAGAUUCUUUUUCUGAAUGUUUAAAAUGUUUUUAAAAGUGCCAUCAGUUAUUAUUCAGCUCUCAACAUCUAUCUUUUCCUGCGCAUAAUUUUUAGGUGAAGGGAGACAAGAAUGGAACAAGUCUGAUUUGUUUAUACCAGUUAAGAUUUGGUCAGUUAGAGCUGAAUGCCUUGUCUCAGGUAAGCUCAGGAUUUGAGUUCCAUGGUGUAUCACUUCUAGGGAGGCAUUCCUUUCAGCGGCAUGGGAUUUCCAUGCCUUCCUGCUCCCUCUCCCACUUGAAAUGCUGCUGAUUAGGAACAGGAAACCCAGGAACAACAUAAAGGGCAAGUUAGAAAAGGAAAAUCUACAAAACAUAUUAUGUUCCAUUAAUGAAAAUUAACUGUGGGCUCCAAGCCCAUGUUCCCCCACCCCCCACUCCUCUACUAUGCAAGGAAUCUUCUGCUGUAGGAAGGAAAAACAUGUAUGUUUCGUGUGUUCUUUACUAGUGCAUUAAGUUUUUGCCUCUACACAGGUUUGCACUGGAGCUCUGUUUUCUUAGUCUUGUGUGCAUUAGUGUUUCAUUGUGGCCUAUACUGAAGUUAUUUUUAAAGCCAUUAAAGCCUUUCAUUCCACUAAUCUGGAUGGAAGCUUAUGGCUAGUACUUUCAAAAUGGUGUUGAUAUACAUCCUGGAUUUAUCAGUCUCCUGGGGGGCAUCAACAGACCUGCACUGAACAGGAAAUUCUAUUGUCCCAAAGGUUAAAAGCAUAAAAGCCAAAUUGUAGCCAAAUUGGUAUCCCGACUUAUCAGUCAUCAGGAACGUUAAUGUUUAUUUCAAGAGAUGAGGCAACCAAGUUUGUCCCCGUGCUACUUGUGAAGAUCCUUUUAUUUUAUAUAUGUGACUGUGUGCAUAUAAUACUAAGAGCAGUUCUUUACCUCACAAAAAGGUGUAGAAACAGACUAAUUAUGUCUGAAAAGAGAAAUUGUACAACUUGCAAGAGAAUUAGUGCACACAAACUCUAUUGCCUACUGUAACUGGCAGCUCUUCCUCAACCUUCCAGUCAAAAUUCUAUUAACAGCAGGUACAGGGACUGAGCCUGGCAGCUUCUGUUUGCAAAUCAUGUGCCCUACCAUCAACUUGUGUUCCCUGCCCACCACAGAAAUAUUAUGAUUGAGAAGUGAUAAUAGAAAAUGGAAACAGCUAUAACCUAAUGCCUGUUCUCCCCUAUAUGUUGUCCUGGCUGAAGCACUAGAGUGACAUUAAUUAUAACCACAUUCUAUUUUUGUGUCAUGACUUGCAACUGAGGAUAUAUAUUAGGAUAUGACUAUUAUUGGAAUGAACCACAAAGAUUGUCAAUUCACAAUUGAUUUAAAAUUCAUAGUUGAUAAAAUUGGGAUCCUACUUGGUAGUUAGUUCAUUGGUCUUCAUUAAAAAAACUAUAAAAUUCACUUAUGUUAGGACCUGGCUAAUCUGUCACCAGGAAAACAGCCAUUAACUUCAACUACAGCCAUGAUUGCUUUAUGAGAAGUACAGGAAAUGGUGAAACAAUUAUCACAGCAGCUUCCAGUAUCAGAAAGGUGAAGUACUGUUUUCAUGAAAUCAAGGCCUGGGUAUUUCAUGCAUAAUGAGAGCCUGCUGAAAACAUGGUCUAGUCUCAGUCUUACUCUCUUUACAAGCUGAAGUAUUUCCUUCUCCACUUUCAUAAUACUAGCUGCUGACAUGCAUUCAUCAUCCUACUACAUGGGAUGAAAAGUUCCAAAGGAUAAUACAAAGAUUUCCAAGUUACUUCACUUGUACAUGCUUAACAAAAACUACUGAAAACAGCACAAGCCACAUUCCAUGUCACUUUUUUCUGCAACCACACUGCCAAGAUAAAUUUCUUGACUGUACAGUUCUCUGGACUGUCAACCAUAAUUUUUUGUUGCUAGUCAAAUCACAUGUUUAUAUACACAAGUGGCAUUAAACCUAUUCUUAAAGAGUUUAGGAACUAAAAUCAGAAUAUCCCGUUAACAUUUGGGUAAAAACAGUAUGCAUACCACUUACUAAUAAACCACUGAAGGUGACAGCAGAGUCAAGUUAUGCCUCAACAGCAAAAGUUAACAGCAACUAAGAGCUCCUAGUUUAAGAUUGCUAUGCACUACUCUAUCAUACUUCAGGUACCUCUAGUAUCUCUGUAAUUUAAUACCCCAUCUCCUUUUUACCAUUUGUCACACAAUAUGGUGUAGAUUUUAUUCUGUUCCAGUACAGUGACAGUACAGUACAGCUACUAUUGUACAUGAGACAACCUGCCACAGUGGAAGGAACAGGACUGGAUAAUAUCUCACACAAUUCCUGAGCAGAUGGUAGCUGUGGGAAAACUGAACAUUCUAUACUGGCCCACUUUUCAUCCCAUCAUAUGUUCAUCUGCCACCAGGUAGAGGAUUCAGUUUUCAGAAAGUGUUCAAAAAGCAAAGUUUUCUAGGCAUAGUAAAAGCUGUAUCCUGCACAUGGCAAUAGUUGGACAAAAACAGCUAGUAACUGUUUCAGAAGUUAUGUGGGCAGAAUUUUCCAGUGGCUUAGAUCAUGGGCUCAAGCAUGUGUGAAACGUAUUUUUAUGACUGUGCACGAAAGACGGUCUUUCACAAGGAAGCAGAAUAUAUGCCCAACAAUGGAAUUAUAGUAGCAUCAUAUAACUUCUUUGAUACAUAGCUGUAGCAUAGUGGUUAAGUAGUUGGGCUGCGAAUGAGCACUUUGCUGGGUUGAAUCCCACUACUGCCAUCAGUAGUUGGCUAUGAGUAAGCCAUUCUCCUCAUCCCCAGAUCUGUUGUGGGGAUAAGAGCAGCAGUGACAUAGUUCAUCACUCUGUGGGGUACUAGUUUAUCUAGAAGAACGGCAUAUAAGAGUUAUUAUUAAAAAUAAAGACCUAGUCUCUAACAUGCGAAGUUCAACAUGGCAAAAGUCUUGUCGAUUCUAGUAAGGUUAAACAUGACCACACUGUAUUGGUUUGUAAUUAGAAACAUUCCUCACUGAAGUGGCAAUCAGUGAGCAAUGCUCACGAUGCAGAUGUCCUGCAGCAAAAAUGAACUUGGCAUGAAUGGGAAAUAAAAUAACAAAACCUACAAAGACAUGGAUCGCUCUUCUGUCAUGUAAGAAUUAAAAACUUAGUUACUGAAUUCACUGUGAAAGGGACUUAAGGAUCAUCAUGGACAACACAAGGUAGAAUCAAGACAUUGGGCAAAUAUUUAAUAUUUAACCUGUUUUGCAGCAUUACUGCACUGCUGUAGGUAAUUUGAGAGUAGUGUUCGCCUCAGCAAACUAUUUCAUCUUUUUUUAAAAAAAGAAACUGAAAUCCAAUAGUUCCCUUCACUAUACACCAGUAGCACCUUUAAGACUAACCAACUUUACUGUAGUAUAAGCUUUCGAGAAUCACAGUUCUCUUCGUCGGAUGAUCUGCUUCAUCCCAUCAUAUGUUCAACUGACCCACAAGCAAGAAAUAAUGCAUAAUUCUCCAGCUGGCAAUAACCAGGGGAUGUAUUGUGAGUUUCCUUGCGUAAUAGCUUGCUAGGGUUUUUUUGUCAAAUUACUAGAAUGGCUUAAGCAUCUUGAAUGAAGCGCUUAUCAACAAAAGACAUUAUUUUGUGUAUGUGAAAUCCCUUACCUAUAUACAAAGUUCUCUAUCAAAUUACCCCAAGCAAACAUUUAAGAUAGCUACCACAAAGGAAAAAAAAUGUGCUUUUUUGAAGAAUUUCUGUCUUGGUGCUUUUGCCUGAAAUAAUGUGAUGGCCAUAUUUCACACAUACUAAGUUACAUGCUACAUGUAUUACUUUAUAAAAGCACAAGUGACAAAAAACUGGCAUUUCUCAUCAGCAGCUAAGUUCUGUGACAGUCCUGCUAAAUAGCCGUAUAUAAAAUAAAAUCCUGCUACUGAUACUCAAACCUGCUACUGAAAUUCGAAAGAACUUGAAACUCUAGUGUGACAUCUGUUUGAAAAUAACAUUUUCCUUAUGCUUGCAGGCUUCUGAAGCUUACUACUUAGCUAUUUUUAAUCAGUUAAUAAAAGUCAUGUAAUUUGUAUUGGGCUUAAAUUUUCCAUUCUGAGUUAUAUUCUGAAAAAAACAAAUAAUAGUCAGAGGUAAAACAUACCCAAGACAGGUCUUAAAACCAAAUACAUUUCAUCUUCUCCUUUUCCAUAUUAGCCAGUUUCUGACAUGACUCGGGCUUGUGCCAUUGUAAUUUCCCCCAAAUGUUCAAAAUGCUUACCAGCAAGCCUCUUUCAGCUUUUACUGAAUUAUGAAUUUUCUGAGCAGUUUGUGCAUAACGGGGAAUUACAUGUACAGUGCUAUGGUUUUAUGUAGUGAUACUGUACUUGUCUAAGAAUGAUGUUCUGAGUUUAAACAGAUGUAUCCUUUGACAAAUAUUUUUCUAAUAUGUAUGUAGUUCAGUGCAAGUUUAUUUUUUCAGUUUCUGCUAUUGAUAUUUUUGUUUCCUCUGAGAUUUCUUAAACUGGUGCAGUUACUGUAAUGGUGCUGUAGCCAAUUGCUACUUUGAGGAACCGAACGAGACAAAACAAAGAAUCCGAACCAAUCCCUGUUUGUCGUUCAGAUGGACCAGUGCCAGUCUUCAAAAAUCAGUACUGAAAUGCUGACCACACCUCUGUCUGUAAUGAUACAGGGAUGGUGCUGACAAAAUGUUACAUUUUUUCAUCAUUGUAAAAAUUCUUUUGUUUGUGGACGUCUAUAUUAACUUGUUUAAAAUAUAUGAAUAAAUUUUAUGAAGUUUUA